CAUUUUGAGGGAAUUUGAAGCAAGUUUUAUUUUUGAGCGAGAGCAGCUAAUUCCAUGAGUGGAAAUAAUUAAUUCUGCUUUAAAACAAAAAAAAUGUAUGCUGUUAUUUUCCUAAGAAAUAUUCAGACGUAACUUUUCUGUUUGCUACUCUUCCCACAGGAUUGGAAAAAUGUGCAAAAUACACAAAACUCAACGAGGAGUAAGGUGCCUUGACUUUUGGUUGUGAUGCAAUCUAAGGAAUCCAAACAUCCUCUGACAGGAAGCUUCCCGCAGCAACAGCAGCCCUAGAGACGGCGGUGGCGGAGGUGACAGUUGGGCUUUUCGCUAUCAAGCCACACCUCCAGAGAGAAGAAGAGGAAGAGGAGUGGAGAAGUGGGAUUACAGGCCGUGGAGCUGCACGUCCUACACAGGAAUUAGUUCUGACCUGCUAUGGAGUAAUUUUGGAUUCUCCCGGAAAAGUCAUGGAUGGCUUCGGAUCAUGACUGCCAGGGAAGUGACCUCUGUGGGCACCGCAGCCUGAAGGAGGGGGUGUCCCUCUCUGUGGCACUAUGGCAUCCAACGAAAGACUCUACGAGGUGUGGAUGCUCUACUGCACCAAGAGAGAUCCAGACUACUUCAAGAUAUGGCUGGAGAUUUUCAUCAGCUCGUACGAGCAAUGCCUCGACGUAGACUUCGAAAAGCCCCCUUCCAGACCAGACGAGGUUCCACCUGUGUUGACGCUGCUACCCGACAACAUCCUGCAGGUUUUGCGCCACCAGCUGCUGCAGUGCGUCCAGAAAGCAUCAGACGGCCUUGAGCCCGAGCAGCAGAACCUGGCGCUGCUGCUGCUGAAGUUCCUCAUCAUCAUCUGCAGGAACUUGUCCAAUGUCGAGGAGAUCGGCACUUGCUCUUACAUCAAUCACAUCAUCACCAUGACAACACUGUAUAUUCAGCAGCUAAAGAGUCGGACCAAGGAGAAGGAGAUGAUGGACCACAGUCAGGCGGAGGACUUUGUCCGCCAUUCGCUGGCGUUCUGCGAGAGCCUCUACGACCCUUACCGCAACUGGAGACAUCGGACAAGCAGGGAGCAGCUGGGCGCCGUCGAGAGGGGAAGGCAGAAGUACAAAGCAGCUCCGCUCACCGUUGAAUUCGUUCCCUUCUUUUACCAGUGCUUCCAGGAGAGCGAGCAUCUGAAGGAGAGCCUGAAAUGCUGCCUGCUGCACCUGUUUGGAGCCAUAGUAGCAGGGGAUCAGAGGAACGCUCUGCUCGCCAUCUCUCCAGCCACCAUGGAGGUGCUGAUGCGGGUUCUGGCCGACAGCUACACGGGGAGCUGCUCAUCGGAGGAGGCCGAGGACUGGGACAGCGAGGACGUCAGCCGCAUGGCCCUGCUGACGUUGGGGUGCCUCAGGGAAGUGGUGCAGUGCCUGCUGGCUUCCAGCUCUGACCAGCGACAGGUGGAGAUCGCCUCCGUCUUGGAAAACUACUUCAAGCUGCUCAACUCGGACCCAGCUGCUGUGGUCGCUGCUAAGCAACAGCAGCAACCAGCCAAGGGUCGGGUUCCCACACUCGGCCGACACUGGGAGAUUCGAUUUGUGGCGCUGCAAGUUCACAUGCUAGACACAAUCAGGGACAUGUUCCUGUGUUCAGACAGGCCAGUUCUACAAGCCAUCUUCCUCAACAGUAACUGCUUUGAGCAUCUGACACGCCUGCUGCAGAACAGCAAGCUGGUUAACGCUAGGUGCACGGCGGCAGACAAGGACCAGAAAGAUAUAACCAACAACAGGUUACAGACAGGAGAGAGGGACACUCAGGUGAUUCAGGGACGCCUUGACUCGUUAGCGGUAGCCACCAUCAAAGCCCUGACGACGGUUAUGCAUAAAUCCCCAGCUGCUAAGGAGGUUUUCAAGGAAAGGAUCGGCUACAAUCACCUGUACGAAGUUCUGAUCUCGCUCGGCCAGCCGUCUCGACUCCUGCUCAAGGAGCUGAUGAACAUGUCGGUGGAGGGGGAACACACCUCAGUGGGGCUCCUGGGGAUCAGCAACGUGGAGCCGCUGUUGCUGCUGGUCCAGUGGCUCCCGGAGCUGGACUCGCCCGAACUGCAGCUCUUCACGGCCGACUGGCUGCGCCGCCUUUGCUGCCUCAACCGCCAGACUCGCGCCACUUGCGUCAACGCCGCCAUGGUGGUGAGAGCCCUGGCCGCCCUGGAGCACCACGGGCGUCUGCACAGAGCCUGCGCUGAAAGCCUGUUUGGCUUGCUGGGCUCACUGGGCUCCCAGUCUCUGAGUGGCAGGGAGCUGCUGGGACUCAUCCGCCUCCUCAGAACCCCAGAGUCCAGCCAAGCUCAUCCGUACGUCGCCCCGGCCCUGAGGGCGCUGCUCACCAUGGUCCGCAAGCAGGGACUGGAGAAUGCCAUGCAGUACUUCGACCUGUCCCCCAGCAUGGCAGGGAUUGUUGUUCCCACGGUGCAGCGCUGGCCCGGGUCCGCCUUCAGCUUCCACGCCUGGUUGUCUCUGGACCAGGACCAACUGGGUCCGCUCAGCAAAGACAAACGGAAGCAGCUCUACAGCUUUUUCACCAGUGGAGGAACAGGCUUCGAGGCGUUCAUCAGCUCAGCGGGGGUUCUGGUGGCGGCUGUGUGCACAAAGAAGGAGUACGUCACAGUGAUGCUGCAGGAUUACUGUUUCUGCGACUCGCUCUGGCACAGCAUCGGAGUGGUGCACGUACCCGGGAAGAGGCCGUUUGGACAGAGCCUCGUCUACAUUUAUGUAGACGGGCAGCAGAAACUGUCCGCCCCCCUCAAGUACCCCAUCAUGACAGAGCCGUUCAUCUCCUGCUGCAUCGGCUCCGCCGGCCAACGCACCACCACCCCCCCUCCCUCGCAGAUCCCCGACCCGCCCUUCUCCUCCGCCGCCACGCCCACCGCUCGCUCCUCGCUGAGCGGCAUCCUGUCGCCGCAAACGUGGGGCGGGCUGCUGGGCGGGAAAACCGAGUCGGUCACCAAGCUGAUCUCGGCCGGGACGCAGGACAGCGAGUGGGGCAGCCCCACGUCGCUGCAGGGCCAGCUGGGGAGCGUCAUGGUGUUUCAUGAGCCGCUGCAGCCUGCGCACAUCAAGGCCAUCUGCAGCGCCGGUCCUAACUGCGUCUCUCCAUUUAAAGCCCAGGAAUCAGAACUUGGUGACAUUUCAGCCAAACUGCUGCUGCAUUAUUCACCCAAGGCCUGUAGAAAUCCCAUCUGUCUCGACCUUUCUCCCAACGCGUUGCAUGGACGUCUGACUGGGAACAAAGUGGUCAACUGGGACAUAAAGGAUAUGAUCAACUGUGUCGGUGGGCUGCCGGUGCUUUUCCCAGUUCUGGAGCAGCUGACCUCCGUGACCUCUGACCAGCAGAGCGCCGAUCCUGCAGCUGCGUCAGACUUCAUCACGCCAGAUGUGAGCACCCCAGCUGACGGGGACUGGGUCAUUCUUCCAUCCAACAGAGCUUCAGAGGCGCGUCUGGAGAAGAACCUGGUGGCCACUUUCCUUUUGGUGCUGAAGCACUUCCUGCAGAGACACCCUAUCAACCAGGAGAACCUGCUUCACUCGUACGGCGUGGGAACGCUGGGAGUCCUGCUGCAAAAGCUUCCAGUGGGUCAUGUGGACGUCAGCGUGCUGGUCGCUGUGCAGCUGCUGAUUGAGCAGGUGACCUAUGAGAAGAACCAGGCUCUGCUGCAGCAGAUCCACUCACAUCUGCUGUUCAACUUCAACAUCUGGAACAAAGGAGAUUUCCCUCUGCGCAUCGGUCACAUCCAGUACAUGUCCACCGUCAUCAAGGACGACAGGAAGCAGUUCAGGAAGAAAUAUGGAGUCCAGUUUCUGCUGGACACCAUGCGGCUGUAUUACGGGAAGAACGCCAACAAGGAGAACGACCUGAGCGACGAUGACGUUCGGACCAUCAGAGCGUCUCUCUGUGGCCUCGUCAAGUAUUACAUCAGCAAGGGCAUGUUGCAGGAAGAGAUGCACAGCAUUCUGGGAUACAUUGCUGCCAUUGGAGAUGAAGACCAGCUGUGCAGCCUUCUGGAGAUGCUGCUCAGCCUCCUGCAGAGCAGCCCGGCCAAAGACCAGCUCUUCCUGCUCCUCUUUGAGCCCGCAGCAGCAGAUUCCUGCUACACGCUUCUGCUCAACAACAAGCACUCAGACCGACUGAGGGAGCUCGUCUUCAAGCUGUUUGAGCGGAUGCUGCGCUGCGAUCGGGUUUAUGAGAGGAACAAGCAGCGGCUGCGCCUGAGGGAGGCUGGCUAUACGGGGCUGUCGCUCGUUUUCUCUGAGCUUCACAUCACUCCCACCCUGAUCCGCUGCCUCCUCAACCAGAUCCUCCAUACAGAUCAAGUUGUGAACUACAAGGACCUGAUGGCUCUGGUGCAGCUCACACAUCGGGCCGGGCCAGGUGUGCGCCUGAUUGUUUGCAAGAGGGUGUACCAGCUGCUUCAGUCCCAACAGGACGCCGCCCAUCAGAUCUCCAAGCAGCAGUGUUGGCAGGACACGCUCAUGCGCCUGUACUUGCGAGGCGAGGGGUCCCUCACCAUGCGCAGCUCCGAUACAGCCAGCACCUGCAGUUUCGACUUAAACCGUAAUGGCGGCAGCAGCAAUAACCGCCUGGAGCUGCCGCUGGAAAGGAGGCCGCGGACGGGCAGCAGCAGCCGCCUGGACCGCCUUGAGGACGACCGACUCAGCGUGGGAGACGCCCGCUCCGUGGACAGCCUGGACAAUGGAGAUGUCAUCUCGCUGCUGGACACGCCGUCUUCCUGUGCCUCCACCGAGCCGCAGCUGCCGGUCAAGCCGUGGGUGCUGAGUAAAUCGGGGGGCUUGACGUUGGAUCUGUCGCACCUUCAGGCCUUUGAGGGUGCAGAAAGCGGCAACCAAACGCCGGGGAGCAUGCCCAGUACGCCGUCGCCCCUGGAAACGACAAAACCUCUCCCUGGGAGCUCUGGGGAUAAAGAGCCAACAUCUUCCUUUACUGAAGACGGAUUCCUCUUUAAUGACAAUAUCUCACUGGGGGAAUCCUUCAACAACGUCGAGAGGGCGGAGGAGGAGCUCUGCAGCAUGCUGCUGGAGAUCGUCCUGUGCGUGAUGUGGCGAGGAGUCGAGGGCUCGGACGACUCGGCGUGGCUGGAGCGCGGCCAGGCGUUCUCAGCUCUCACCAAACUGGGGACUGCCAACGAGCUGCUGCUUCCUGUCGACCAGAUCAAGCUCAGUCUCUUGGAGCGCAUGCUGGAGUGGGCGGUGACUGAUAACCGGGAAGCCUCGGCUGCUUCGCUACCACAGCACACUGAGAACGCCGUUCGCCUGCUUCACAUCGUGCAGGACUUCCUCCAGGCAGAGGGCUUGGUCAACCCGGCGCUGUGGACCGAUAAAGUGCUAGAAGAAGCUGUGACACUAAUGGACUGCCUCAUGGUGUGGUACUCUGCUGGAACCCAGUGGUUCCAGCUUUCCCAAGUUGGACUGAGACUCCUACUGGGCUUCAUGGCUCAGGAAGACACAGAGGUGUGUGCGUUGGCCUCAGCCAAACUGAACGGCAUCCUGCAAACUAAAGAAGUGUCAAGUCAGGACGAGGCCUGCUACCUGCUGGGGAAGCUGGAGGGAAUCCUGCGGCGAACCAUCCAGGAGCAAACCGAGGAGACCUACUCCUUCCUGGUUCCUGUUCUGCGGACGCUGCUCUCCAAAGUCCACCGCCUCCUCUACAUGGAGCUGCACCUGCCUCAGCUGCCCGACACCAACGGCAGCCCGUCUUUCUUCGAGGACUUCAAGCUGUAUUGCAACUCGCCCGAGUGGCGCGUCUACCUCGACAAAUACAUCAUUCCAUACAUGAAGCAGUAUGAAAUCGAGAUGUUCAGUCAGGGUCAUGAGACCAUGGCUCUGUACUGGAAGGAGUGCUAUGAGGCCUUCAUGGUCAGCUUGCACAAGAGGGAAAGGGAAAGAGGAGAGAGCAAGAUCCGCUUCCAGGAACAAUUUGUGGAGCCGUUCUCGCGCCGCAGCCGGCAAGAAAACCUGCGCUACAACAACAUGCUGAAGCAGCAACACAGCCAAAACAACGCCACCCUCAGGCAGUGGAAGGCAGCGCGGCGGGGUUUGGUGUGUGAAAGGGGUCCAUGGGCUGACAGACUACAAGACGAGACGCACUGGAGAGUGUCCAGUGCUGAAAACUUCUCCAGAAUGAGGCUGAAGCUGGUUCGCAAUUACAACUUUGACCCUCACCGAGAGGCCAGCGCUCUGAGAGACAACCUGGGCGUCCAUCAGCAGCGUGUGAAUCCAGAGUCUCUGCUCCUAGAAGCUGUGAAGCAACUUAAAGUCAGCGACUUGGAGGACGACAUCUUGGAUCUGCCGGAGGACGACCCUGCUGCCACUAGCAACCAGGCCGAAGCAGAGGAGGUGGGUCAGAAGGAGAAAAUGGUGUUGUGGGAGGACUGUGAGCUGGUGACGGUGGUGGAUGUCGUCCCAGGCCGCCUUGAGCUCACCACUCAGCACAUUUACUUCUAUGACAGCAGCCAGGAGAAGGAGGAGGGAGUGGGCCAUGACUUUAAAUGGCCGCUAUCACAGAUCCGGGAGGUCCACCUCCGACGAUACAACCUGCGUCGCUCAGCUCUUGAAAUCUUCCUCAUUGACCAAACCAAUUAUUUCCUGAACUUUAAAAAAGAGGUGAGGAACAAAGUGUACAGCCGCAUGCUGCUGCUGCGAUCGCUCAGCCUUUAUGGGACCCGAUCACCUCAGGAGCUCCUGAAGGCCUCUGGACUCACACAGAAAUGGGUGAACCGAGAAAUUUCUAACUUCGACUACUUAAUGCAGCUCAACACUAUUGCAGGCAGAACCUACAACGACCUCUCGCAGUACCCAGUGUUUCCCUGGAUUCUAGCCGACUACAGCUCAGAGGAGCUGGACCUCUCUGACCCGCGGGUGUUCAGGGAUCUAUCGAAGCCGGUGGCGGUGCAGAACGAACGCAAUGCUAAAGCAGUCAGAGAGAAGUAUGAAAGUUUUGAGGACCCAACUGGCACCAUAGACCGUUUCCAUUAUGGUACCCACUACUCUAACGCUGCUGGAGUGAUGCACUACAUGAUCCGAGUGGAGCCCUUCACCUCGCUGCACAUCCAGCUGCAGAGUGGACGGUUUGACUGCGCCGACCGCCAGUUCCACUCCAUCCCAGCGACGUGGCAAACCCUCAUGGACAACCCCAACGAUGUGAAGGAGCUCAUUCCAGAGUUCUUCUACUUCCCUGAAUUUCUGGAGAACCAAAAUGAUUUUGAUCUAGGCCGCCUGCAGAUCUCUAAGGAGAGGGUACAUAACAUUGUUCUCCCUAAAUGGGCCAAAUCCCCUGAGGACUUCAUCUACAAGCACCGCAAAGCUCUGGAGUCAGAGUACGUCUCAGCCCACCUCCACGAGUGGAUCGAUCUGAUCUUUGGUUACAAACAGAGGGGCCCAGCAGCUGUGGAGGCACUCAACGUCUUUUACUACUGCACUUACGAAGGAGCUGUGGACUUGGACGCAAUCACAGAUGAAAAGGAGCGAAAAGCUGUUGAAGGCAUGAUCAGCAACUUUGGUCAGACCCCCUGCCAGUUACUUAAGGAGCCCCAUCCGGUUCGCCUUUCUCAGGAGGAAGUGGAGAAGAGGAAGGCUCAGCAGGACUCGAGUCCUCUCAACAUGUUCGAACACCUCAGCGACCUCAAGUCCUUCUUUGUUGAGGGCAUCAGCGACAACGUGCCGCUGGUUAAAGCCGUCGUGCCAAAGAAUCAGUCCCAUUCGUUCAUCACCCAGGGAAGCCCUGACACAAUGGUGACUGUGAGUCAGAACUGCCUGCUGGGGACCCAUGGGUGGCUGCCUUACAAUAAGAACAUCUCCAACUAUUUCACCUUCAUUAAGGACCCCACAGUGUCCAACACCAAAACCCAGCGCUUCCUGUCAGGACCGUUUGCCCCCGGCGUUGACCUCGCAGCAGGUCUGUUUGUCGUCUCCCACGACGGGAAGCUGCUGUUCAGUGGCGGACACUGGGACAACAGCAUUAGGGUCACCUCACUGGUCAAGGGCAAGACAGUGGGACAGCACAUCCGACACAUGGAUGCUGUGACCUGCUUAUCAACAGACCACUGUGGCAUCCACCUGAUCUCUGGCUCCAGAGACACAACCUGCAUGGUGUGGCAGGUUCUGCAGCAGGGUGGAGCUCCUGUGGGUCUGUCGUCCAAACCUGUCCAGGUUCUGUACGGACACACGGACGAGGUGGUGAGCGUGGCCAUCAGCACUGAGCUGGAUAUGGCCAUUUCUGGGUCCAGAGACGGUACGGUGAUCAUCCACACCGUGCGUCGAGGUCAGUACAUGCGCUGCCUGCGGCCGCCGUGCGACAGCUCCCUUCCGCUAUCCAUCCUCCACUUGGCCGUGUCCUGGGAGGGUCACCUGCUGGUCCACACCUGCCUGGAGGGCAAAGCCACACUCAAAGAUAAAAAUACGCUACAUCUUUACUCUGUGAACGGGAAGCACCUCUCCAGCGAGCGGCUGAAGGAGCAGGUGACGGAUAUGUGUGUUUCAGGGGAGUAUGUGAUCAUCGGGAGUGAGCAGGGAUACCUGUCCAUCCGGGAUCUCUACAGCCUGUCUCUCUGCUCGGAGCCCAUGGCCAUGCGGCUUCCCGUCCGCAGCGUCUCCGUCACCAAGGAGCAGAGCCACGUCCUGGUGGGCCUGGAUGACGGCAAGCUGAUCAUCGUAGGCGUGGGCAAGCCGGCGGAGAUGCGAUCGAACCAGAUCACACGAAAGCUGUGGGGCUCCAGCAAGAGGCUGACUCAGAUCUCGACGGAGACGGAGUACAACCCGCAGCAGGAGAGCAACUGAUCCCAGACCAACCACACACUCCCGCCUCCCCUUCACACCCGGUUCUUAUUAAUUUUCAUAAAUCCCCUUAAGUUCCUCCAUUACUCCCCCCAAGUUAAACAGGUGCUUGAUUCAUAAAAUCCUGCAUCUCCAUCUUUAUUUUUUAUUUUUUUGUUUUCCUGCUUUGAAUCGACCAUCAAGGCGCUGGCGCUGUGGUACACUACUUAUUCCCUCUUCAUUCCUCAUUAUUUUAAACAAUCAAACUAGUGUGUGUGUGUAUGAGAAGCAUUGUUUUAAAAUCUAAUUUCAAGUGACCUUUAUUUUUGAGUCUGACAGGUGAGUCGGUCAGUCGCAGCCUUAUGCAGUAAGACUAAACUCUAUGCCUUCUUCUAUGCUUUUGUAUACAGAAGCAUUUGUUGGCACACCUGGAAAGAUGUAUGGGGGAAAAAUGAUCAUUUAUUGCAGUAGCAAAUUCCCAUCCAGUUGAUUUGACCAGAUGUUCAACAUUUUCUGGUAUUUCAAAAAUCCAUCAAAUUAAAUUAAGAAUCCGUGAAGACAUGAAUUUUACAGAUUUUUUUGUCCUGAAUCGUACUUCCUGUUCUUUUUCUCAUAUUUAUUCUUUGUUUCACACCCAAACGUUGUUGCAGAAAAGAUUGAAAUUAUGAUCAUCCAACCAAAGUCCCUGUAAAGUUUAUCAAAAUCCACGUUUAUAGCAUUGAAUGUUUGAUUUCUUUUUACCUCUCUUACCAUUCUGCAUUUCCAGUUGUUAUUUUUGGGGAAGAUGUGAGCAACUUUGAGUGAAACUAAAAGUUUUUCUGUUAGACUGACAAUUUUUCUUCCUGAAGAUUUUGUCAGAAUAAGGAUGAAUAUAUCACCAGAUCAGCACCGAAUUAAAAACUAAUCAAAUUUAAUGUCGGGCUUUACUCUGAAAAUCUGCUUCAGCAAUAAAAGAUGUAAGUUUUUCUACACAUCUUAACCAGGGAUGCCAGUAAAAAUGGCCUGUAAAAACAUACAAUUCUAUCGAGGCAUACUUUAAUUAACACUGACAUGAAUCAGCGUUGACGUUUCGUUUUGUCACUAAACACUACAUUAUCCUUCUGACGAUUCAACAGGAAAAAACCGGCUGAAUGUUUUUGAGUUACUUGAAUUUGCGUUUAUUUAUGAGUAGCAUUCAUUUAUGUCUGAUUUAUUGUCCUGGCAUAUUUUUAAAAUUCCUCCAACUUGUUGCAGAAGAAAGAGAAGAAAGGGCUUUAUGAGAUGUCAGUGUUAGCAGCAAUACAGCUCCUUCGUCGCGUGCCUGUCGAUAUCUUCUUCCUGUCUCUGAUUCCAGUCUUCCUUCUGCUCUAACCGGGACGGCGUCUCACUAAUUUGCUUCCGUCGCUGCACAGAGCGUCCUCUGAUAUUUUCAUAUCUGUUUCUCAUCAUGACUGAUAAUCGGUGAAGUUUUCUUUUUGCAGGGUUUGCAUGCCUUGUUAAAGUAUGAGUGAGUUAUUUACUCUGCAGUAUGAAGCAGCUACGGAUGACAUUGCUAUUUUUGCACCGUAUUUUUGUUUUCUUUUCCUGUAAUUUGUAUUUACUACUUUAUUUAAACGUCACAGUUUCGGGGGAGUGCAGACACCAAGCUGCGUCCUCCUUGAGAUUUCUGUGAAAGGUGCUUAAAUUGUUUUCUGAAUACUUUUUUGUAUUAUUAUUUUCAUUCUCGCCACUGUUCGAGCUGCUCUACGACUGCAAUAAACGGAGUGCCUUCAAGCCAGUCGUGUCAACAAAAGAGCUAGAUCCGUCAUGAAGCCAUUUAUCCCUGAAACUACGACUUUACGCAGCAUUCCACGUGUCCAACCUCAGCAGUCUCAACGGGAACCAAUGAUAUUGGACUUAAAUAAUAAUCAGAAAUACUAUUUUGUGUCUUAGCUGCAUCCUCUGUGAGUGUCACCUAAAUGGAUGUGUGUAUAUCUGUGAUUAUUUAUGAAUACAGUAUAUAUAUAAAUAUAUAUAAUGUACAGCAUGAUUUUUAUUUCUUUUAAAUGUCCUUUUUGCACUUUCUAGGUACUAAACAUUGUUUUACCUUGGCUCCCUAAUCUGUACAAACUGCUUUGUAUACACAUGUGGGAAAUGAUCAUUAAAGUCUUGUCUAAAUUAAAAA